ACAAAUCUGAAAGCGUAGGCCUUAAGAGAGAGAAGGAGAGAGUGGCGUUCUGAAAACAGCCCCAUAUCUACACAAAUCAAUUUUUCCCAUUUCAGACUCCACUCCACACCUAAAUAACAUUAAAUGCCACACUCUCUCUCUCUCUCUCUCCCCCUCACCUGUGAUCCCGAUUUCACUUCUCCCUCUCUCUCUCUAGAUUCCCGUCGUUCCCUCUCUAGGUUUCUCUCUCCACUCUUCAGCUCUGCUCUGCGGCAAUGGCUAUGUGCUCGAGCUGAGUCUCUCUCGCUCUCGAGUUUGACGGAAGUGAAGCGGAAUGGCAAUGUGUAGUCUGUUAAUUUGUGCUUCAUGUUUCAGAGAUUUCGAGCUCGAUUUCAGAUCUGUUGCUGUUCGUUUUUGUUUUGGAUGGAGGUGAGGAUUAGUUCAGAGUGGAAGCUGUAGUUGAGUUCGGUGACGCGGAGGAGGAACUAGGUUUUUCUGGUUUGGAGAUUUCAGAUUUGUUUCGUUGGUUAUUUUCGUCAGAUAUUUUGUAUUCGCGGAGUUGAGGAUAGGCCAUGAAUCGGAGUUUUAGGGCACAGGAGUCGCAAAUGCAGGCGGCGGUGAGGCAGAGGCAGCAAAUAGGCAGUCUCAGGACGUCAAUGAUGAAGGAGAAGGAAGAGGAGCUAGCAUUGUUUCUUGACAUGCGAAGGCGGGAGAAGGAGCGGAAUAGUCUUCUCCUUCACAACUCCGAAGAGCUUGAUGCUCCAGUAGGAUCGAAGCCUGGAACUUCUCCCAUAUACAAUAUCGCGUCAGCCGCUCCUGCACACAAGAAUGGUUCUGAUGAUUUUCUCAAUUCUGACAAUGAUAAAAAUGAUUAUGACUGGCUUCUUACUCCCCCUGGUACCCCAUUGUUUCCUUCUUUGGAGAUGGAAUCACAGAAAACUGUUAUGAGCCAGAUUGGAACUCCUAAAGCCCGCCCUAUUGCGCUGAAAUCCAGAUUAGCCAACCACCAGCUGGAGCCUACUGCAAAGAGCAACUCACUGUCCAGACAGCCAGCUUCUUCACCUGGGUUAAACUCUUCACCCAGACAAACAGCUUCUUCCCCCGGGUUAAGCUCUUCAAUUGCAGCAACUCGCAGGCCUUCAUCAUCUGGGGGUCCAGGAUCAAGGCCGGCAACACCAACUGGACGGCCUACUUUGACUGCUGUAUCUAAAUCUUCUAGACCAGCAACACCUACUUCUCGAUCCACUUUGCCUUCAAGUAAGCCGGCAGCUGCUUCCAGAUCAUCUACACCUGUUGCAAGGUCGACGGCUAGAUCUUCAACACCAACAGCCAGAUCUUCUGUCCCAACAUCCAAGCCUGGAUAUAGGGCAGCAACGCCGACCCGUCGGCCAUCUACACCAUCUAGCAUGCCCAGUGUAUCUGCUCCAGCAAAGCCAUCUUCUGCUGUUACCAAAUCAGGUCCUGCCACAUUGAGAAAUCCAGUGCCUUCACGUGGGACUUCCCCAGUGGCAAACCCAAUGCCUUCGCGAGGAACUUCUCCAGCAGCAAAUCCAGUACCUAUGCGUGGGACUUCCCCGACAGUGAAAUCCAGACCAUGGAAGCCCUCGGAAAUGCCAGGUUUCUCACUUGAUGCUCCACCAAAUUUAAGGACGUCAAUUCCUGAAAGACCAAUUUCGGCCUCCAGGGGUAGGCCUGGAGCACCAAGUGCUCGAUCAUCUUCUGUGGAAGCUGGUCCCAGUGGAAGGCCGAGGCGACAAUCUUGCUCUCCAUCAAGAAGACGACCUCCCAAUGGGAUUAUUCAUACCAGCGGGAGCUCUGUUCCCGCAAUGAGUCGUGGGCAUUCUAAAGUUAAUGACAAUGUGAGCCCUGUUUUAAUGGGGACAAAGAUGGUUGAAAGGGUGAUAAAUAUGCGAAAACUUGCACCACCAAAGCAAGAUGACAAACAUUCUCCUCAUGGGAACCUUUCUGGCAAGUCUUCUUCACCAGAUAGUUCAGGCUUUGGAAGAACACUCUCAAAGAAAUCUCUGGAUAUGGCUAUUAGGCAUAUGGACAUAAGGCGAAGCGUUCCGGGAAAUCUGCGGCCAUUGAUGACAAAUAUUCCGGCGUCUUCUAUGUACAGCGUGAGACCAGGGGCUACACGAAGCAGAACAGUUAGUGUCUCGGACUCCCCUCUUGCUACAAGCAGUAAUGCCAGUUCAGAAGUAAGUGUCAAUAAUAAUGCCAUAUGUUUAGAUGGGAGCGAAGUAGAAGAUGAUAUUGGCAGCGAGAGAUUUGGACGAUCUCCUGCCGCAUCACAUGGCAGGUGAUGGGUUGGACCACCAUCAUAAGAACAGCAACUCCUUUUCUAAUCCGCCUUACAGUUUGAUUUUGGAUUUCUAGCAGCACAUUUUAAUGUGAACCAGUUUUCUGAUAACGAAAUGAUUGGAGGCGCGCUAUUAUGGUUUAUGUAAAUGUAAUUGGAUUGAUUGGCAGUUUACAGAAUUCAUGUCUUUUGUAUUAUUAGGGUAACAAGUUUGGUGCUGAGCCGACUUUCUGGUUCAGUGCAUAGCAAAUUUCUGUAAACUAGCUUUAAAGUUCGAAUCCUUCAAGAGAUUGAAACCCCGUCACCUUCCUUCUCCUUUUCUCCAUCCUUUCUAGGCCUCUUUAUGAUUCCAAGAGUCUCUCUUAGACUGGAAAUUGCAGUGGUAUCAUAUGAUCAUGAUGAAUUGUGUAGAAAGUAUAUAUUAGUGUCAGAUCAAUAGAAGGAGCAAAACUACUCUUUUGCAUUGGGUUGCUCAUUCUUAAACAUUCAGUAAAUUGCAUCUCAAAGAAUCUGUUAAUUGCUCUCGGUUGGAAA